AUCCUCCAAGUGUCGCUGUUCCCAUUCCAUCGGUACGUGUGGUUGAGGGAGAGACAGCAGAUCUGACCUGCCUGGUUAACAGCAAUCCUCCUGCCACCAUCAGAUGGACAAGACCCAUCUUACCUGUGAACUUAGUCAUUGGCCAUGAUACCUUCAGGACGAAAAUUGGCGUGACGGUAACAUGGAACAGGGAAUUUCAUUUACGAAUCGAGGACGCUCUCAUAGAGGAUGGAGGUGCUUACACGUGUAACAUCUUGGGCCUAACGCCUAAGGAAGCAAAGUUAACUGUAGUAGUCCCUGUUCCACAGCCUCCUACACUGAGAGGUGCAGAGGUACCAGGUAAAGCGGGACAGCAGCUUGAGCUAAGUUGUACCUCUUCAGGAGGUCAUCCCCCGCCUCAACUCACCUGGUACAAUGGGACUGAGGCAUUUACAGAGCAACAUGUGAAUAAGAAUGAACGCGAAGGUGAAGUAGAGCUUAACCUUAUCAUUCGACGUCUGACCAAAUGGGAUAACGGUAUGAACCUGACCUGCAGAGCGAGCCAAUCGUUUCCGGAGAUAACUUCUGCUCAGGAGGCUUGGACUGUUCUGCAGGUGCACUAUCCUCCUAGUGUCUCUGUUCCUAUUCCAUCGGUUCGUGUGUUAGAGGGGGACACGGCAGAUCUUACCUGUCUGGUUGACAGCAAUCCUCCUGCCACCAUCAGCUGGACAAGACCUGGUCGCCCUACAUUAGUUAACGGCAAUACCAGGCAGAGGAUAUUCCGGAUUCCUAGAACUUCCCGACAAGAUGCAGGAGAUUACCAAUGCACGGCAGACAACGGUGUACAACCUGUAGCUGUAGGGACUGUGACUCUAGAGGUUCUGUACCCACCCUUGAUCAACCCCUCCAUGGACGACAAGACAACCGCUCUCCAAGAUGAUAAUGACUUCUCACUUAACUGUCUCGUCGAGGGAAAUCCAAAACCUAAAGUAACGUGGAGGCGGAAGGAUACAAAGUUGUACUGGAAAAACCCACUCCGAUUCAACCGGGUGCGCUACGACGUGGAGGGGACGUAUCAAUGCGUAGGAAUAAGCGAUGGAUUCCCUCAACAGACAAAAGAUGUUUUCGUCGAUGUUGUGGGAAAACCCUACAUGGAGGGAGAUAGCGACACGGCAAUGCUAUCUGCAGAUUCUGGAGAAACAGUUCGGCUUGGUUGUACAGUAGCAGCUGACCCAUUGCCCUCUCGCAUCAAUUGGAUAUGGCGAAAUAACUAUGGGCUGGAGACAGACUUAGAUAAUGCUGAUUUCGAAAUCGUCACGGCCAGAAGAAAUCAGGAAAUGACGUCGUCACUGACCAUACAAAAUGUGGCUGUGAAGGACAGUGGAAGCUACAUCUGCAAGACAACUAACAUGUUUGGUUCUGCCAAGCGAGACAUGCACUUGGAGGUUAAAGACUCAACCCCGAAUCUUGUCAUCAUAACUUCCAUCACUGCUGGAGGGGUUCUAGUGGUGACAGUUGCAGUCAUUAUAACAGUCAUCGCGAAGAAAAAAGGCUGGAUAUGCAAGCCCCAACUUGAUGCCCCCCGCCCGAUGCCUCCUGUCCCGAAGUACGUGUACAAGACCGGCACCAUUGACUCCGGUGUGGAGGACCUACAGGAGCUACAGGAGAUGUACGGUACUCUCAAACCUCGUCCUCCGCCACGGAUGGAGAAGAAGUGGGAGUCGGUUGGGCUUUCCUAUUCAGUUAAUGGUGUCAGCUAUAAUGCAGUGCCAUUGCCCACCGCUGUGCUACUGGGCCAUACAGCUACACUGCACUGCAGCUUCAAUGACUUGUCAGCAGAUGAUGUCGUAAGUUGGGUUCGGCAUCCCGGAAGGGUAAUUGCAUAUGGCAGAAGAGUAAACCCAGCCUACCAACGCUACCAGGUUGUUGGUGACGAGAAGAAAGGAGAGUUCCACUUACUUAUUCAGGAUGCUCACCUCGAGGACGGAGGAGCUUACACGUGUAACAUCUUCGGUGAUCUCACGCCUAAAGAAGCAAAGUUGACUGUAGUAGAUCCUCCAAGUGUUACUGUUCCUAUACCAUCGGUACGUGUGGUUGAGGGAGUCACAGCAGAUCUAACCUGCCUGGUAGAGAGCAACCCUGCUGCCACCAUCAGAUGGACCAGACCAGACCGUCCAGCUGUACUUAAUGGCAAUAUUGGGCAGAAGAUAUUCCGGAUUCCCAGUACUUCUCACCAAGACGCAGGGGUUUACCAAUGUACGGCAGAUAACGGUGUACCACCUUUAGCUGUAGGGACUGUGACUCUAGAGGUUCUGUACCCACCUUUGAUCAACCCCUCCAUGGAUGACAAGGUUACCGCUCUACAAGAUGAUGAUGACUUCUCACUGAACUGUCUCGUGGAAGGAAAUCCGAAGCCGAAAGUAACGUGGCGGCGGAAGGAUACAAAGUUAUACUGGAAAAACCCACUCCGGUUCAACCGGGUGCGCUACGACGUGGAGGGGACGUACCAAUGCGUGGGAACUAGUGAUGGAUUCCCUCAACAGACAAAGGAUGUUUUCGUCGAUGUUUUGGGAAAACCCUACAUGGAGGGAGAAGGCGACACGGCAAUGCUGUCUGCAGAUACUGGAGAAACAGUUCGGCUUGGUUGUACAGUAGCAGCUGACCCAUUGCCAUCUCGCAUCAAUUGGAUAUGGCGUAAUUACUAUGGGCAGGAGACAGAGUUAGAUAGUAAUGUUGUCCAUAUCGUCACGACCAGAAGAAAUCAGGAAAUGACGUCGUCUAUGACCAUACAGAAUGUGGCUGUGAAAGACAGUGGAAGCUACAUCUGCGAGACAACUAACAUGUUUGGUUCUGCCAAGCGAGACAUGCACUUGGAGGUCAAAGAGUCUGCUCCGAACCUUGUCAUUAUAACUUCUAUUACUGCUGGAGGGGUUCUAGUGGUGACCGUCGCUGUCAUUCUAGUAGUCAUCGCGAAGAAAAAGGCUUGGAUAUGCAAGUCUCACCUUGACGACUCCUUUGACCUGUCAGCCCCUCGUCCAAUGCCUCCUAUGCCGAAGUACGUGUACAACACUGGCACCAUUGACUCUGGUGUGGAGGACCUACAGGAGCUACAGGAGAUGUAUGGAACCCUCAAACCACGUCCUCCGCCACGGUCGGAGAAGAAGUGGGAGUCUGUCGGCCUUUCCUACUCAGGACUAGUCCACUCCACGUCCCUUCCACCCUAUUCCACUGAAGAGGAGUAGCACAGACCUGGCUAUGUUC